AUGGUUUGCUUCGCCUGCCGUGGGAAGCGCAUGCGCAGUCCCGUAGAAUCUGACCGGGAUGACUUAUCUGUGGCAGGGGUGCAGCCUUUUAUAGAGGAGAAAGAGCUGGAGGUUUUGGAGAAAAGACAUUCAGAUCUUUGGUUAAACGAAAAACGGGCAAACAAUCUAGAAGACAGUGUGAUUGAGUUUGAUGAAGAUUUGGCCUCAGAUCCAUUAGAUUCGGAAUAUGUCCCACCUAUAUCUUUGAGUGCUGGUGUUGCAAUUCAAAGAGAAGGGCACAUCAAUCAUAUUGGAAUGGUUCUGCUCUUAUGGACACAAUCAAAAGAUGGCAUUGUGGCCCUUGCUGACGGGAGAAUGGACUCACCAGGUCAUUCUGCAACCAUGCAAGCAGCCGAGAAGAGUUCAUGGACAUUUGGCGAGGUGUACUGCACCAUGUUAGUGGCGUGCAUGAGUGGGACCUGGAUCGUGCUGAACCGCAGAUGGCUGAAGGAUGUGGAGAAGUUCCUCACAUUUCGGACCACCUCACAGCUGGAAUCAUUCCAAAACCAUAUUCUGAUCAAAGGCCAAGUGUCCCUAAAGAGACUAGAGGACUCUUUUGAAUGUACGCGUGUUGCAGUCCGACAACAAGAAAUAGUCAAUUCUGCCCCACCUGUGGAAAAUGUCGAAGCGCGCUGGCCAGCACUUCAUACAGAGAGACAGGUCCUGGCAGAAUUUAACCAGAUCACCAGCUCCAAACUGGGCAAUGAUUUCGUUGAAGCCUUGGAUUGCCUAACGACACAGUUCAUCAAGCUCUUUAAGGCCAAAAGGGGGACUGCUGGCGCUAAGCUUUCCAAGAUUGUCCGGCACCUCGAUUCCUGUCAGAGGAGAUGGAGAAAGGAGAAAGGUACACAUCAAAAGAGAUGGUGGAACUGCAGGAAAACCCUGGUGACCGAGAGAUCCUUAAAGAUUAUAAUUCUGUGA